AACAGUCGACCUCCAACCGUCGGCGUCGAUCCAAGCGUGCAUAAACGCGAGCUAGCCCGGCGUGUUCCUCUGCCGCGAAACAGUAAAUACUAAGAACGAGGAAGAUCGGCAGACGAAGAAACGGGCCUGGACGAGUUGGCUUCUGUUUUCGCUCGAACGCGCCUCGAGGAAGCAGUCGUUCGUUCGUUCGUUCGUUCGAGAUUAGCUGACUAGUAGUACGUCUUUGAUUUCGAUCGCGAUAAGAUUCUAGAACGGUGUAUCAUCGCGGAUCCUUCGUGCGACACUUUGAACAGAUUUACGAGAAGCAACCGCGAGAGUCGCGAUCGAUGCAUGGACCGUUCCAUCCUACGGAAUCGUACGAUUUCCUUUAAUUUCGUUUCGUUUAAUUUUCUGAUCACUGUUUCAUCAGUUUUCCCAUCUACGACAAGUUGGAGCACAUUACAUUGGAUAUUACAGCGGAUGCCGAUAAUGAUGCCGAUGCCGAUUUCACGCUUUGUUCGCUGAUAAGCAUAUCGCUGAUCCAUCGAUUCACGGCGAUUAACGGACGUUACUUACAAUUACCGAGCAGAGAUAUCGAAGCGAAUUGAAUGUUGGCGAAAAUGAGGGUCGAUCAGAUCGGACUUCUUCUAUGGAAGAAUUACAUCGUUCGAAAACGUAAACCGGGGAUAUUGGCUCUGGUGUUUGUAUGGCCGGUGGUCGUGUUUAUGAUCCUAUACACGAUUCGCGACAACGUGGACCCCAAGUAUUAUCCGACUUGCCAAUUUCCUGCGAGGUCGAUGCCGCGGAAUGGUCUGCUCCCAUUCGUUCAGAGUUUCAUUUGCAGCCUCGGAAACCCCUGUGAUCCUCUUACGGAAUACGAACAAGUUCCUUCUUACGGGAAUGCCACGCUAGGUCCGCUGAUCGUCGAGUUGCAACCGAUGCUCGGAAACGAGACGAUUCUUUCCGCUGUUAGGACGAUGCCGAACAGUAUUCGACUUUUAAAAUCGAUGGCGCAAAUACUGACCAGACCUGAGAUCAAGGGACUUUUCGAUCGGGGUAUCCGGUUGGCUGAUCUAUUCAACGACCACGAUGAAAUAAAGAAUCUGCUCAGGCUGCAGAUGCCAUACGCUCGAGAAGGAUUGAUCGACCAACUGUUCGAGUCCUCGAUAAAAUUACUAUACCUUAUCGAGACGUUCGGUUCGACCGACAUCGACGGAGUGAUUUGUUCACCGGAAAGCCUGAACAAGUACCUGAUUCUCCCAAAGGAGGAGGAUUUCUUGGAGAUGUCGAGAAUUCUCUGCGGUAUCGACUCGAAAAUGAUACCCGGUAUCCUCGAAAAUCUCUCCAAGCAUCUGGACUUUUCUGGCUUGCUGGAGAUGGUGGACCGCGUAAUGGCCAAGUUUCGAGACUACGAUUUCUUCGAGGACUUGAAACGCGCCGUCGAAACCAUUUUAGAUUUACAAACGGUCCGCCACAAUGUUCCAGACUAUUUAAGGUUGCGCCAAUGGAUGCCGAAAAUGAUUAUCAGCUUAAAGAACGUCACGUUCAAGAAGAUCGAUCUCGCGUUCGUGAACAAAACGUUGCAAGUUUUGGAUCCGGUGUUCUCGUCGGAACACGAUUGGCCGAUCGCACGGCAGGCAUUCUUCCGAUUGCAGACAUUGCUGGAAUUGGUAAGAGGGAUGACCGAGGAUCGAGUUAUCGGGCCACCUUCCGAUCAUAUUUUUCCGAUAAUCGACCGGAUAAAGGAUGCGCUCCAAUAUUUUACCAGUCCUACAGGAAACAAUGAAAAUUUCACGGAAAUCUUGGAUAUAAGCUUCGCGAUUCUACAGAACGGAGCGCAGCUGACCAGUAAAAUUAUAGAUCGUCACAAGAACGAGCUUCAAUUAUCGCCUGAAAUCUUUGACAGGAUCAGGACUUUGUUUUCAUCGAAAGUUUUAGCCACGUUAAGUUAUGCUUUUGCCUUUGCGCAGAGUAUCGUCAAAAUGGUCCAUCACGCGGCCAUUAUUCACGACGACCUUCCCUAUAGACUGUACGAUAUUUCUUUAAAUCACAAAGACACGGUGGAGCAACUGCUGACAAAGAUCGAUCCGAACGUUUAUCGAACUCUCGUUCGAUCUUUUUCCAGGCUGAAUUUCGUCGAGAAAUUCGUCAACCAAGAUUCCAACCCCGAGGAUUACUUUUGCCAAAGCUACGUGUUGGAUGAAAUUUUUGAUCAUUUCAAAAAUUCGAAUCACGAUUCGAGAUACGUAAACGAAAUACUUUGCAGCAAGCCCGGAAAAAGCUUUAUUUCUGACGUGUACGCAAGUUUGGAGCUCAAGAAAUUUGAGAAUCUUACGACAGAUACGUUACUGGCUACCAUCAGUAUGGCGUUCGGUCAACCGGUCGCGAUCGAAAAAGCGAAUUUGACAACGGUAGCGAGGAGCGUAGAAGAAUUUGUGUCCUACGUGAAUUCACCGAAGCAACCAGACCUUGACUGGCUUGUCUUUAGGGUAAACAACAGGUGGAUGCAAGUUUUCGAAGAAACUCAAUCACAAGGACGAUUGAAUGUGCUGGGAAUUCAUUUGAGCAUAGCGAAAAAGGUUGGCUGCUGCGGUUUAUCGUACGCUAUCGUCAAACCUGAUUUGAAGAGAAUGGAUCUGCUCGGUGAGCUGAUCCUGCGUGAUUUACGAGAGAAGCCCACCGAUUGGAUCGAUCAAGUUAGGCGGCAUAAAACAGAGCUGAUCGAAGCGUUCUACUUGACCGCAACGGACCGUGAGAAGGUUUUAACAAUUUUCGAGUACGAUCAUUUCACCGAGAGUUACUGCGCGGACCCGAAUCCGCCGGAUUUAGUAAUUUUUCCAAACGGUUCAAACGUAACGGCGCUAAAAGAGCUGAUCUGUCGCCUCUCGUGGUCCGUACAAACCAAGUUGGAAUUAAACAUGACGACAAUUAAAGAUCGAAUCAAAGAAGAUUUCAAUUGGACCGACUUUAACGGAAAAACGAUCGAAAUAUAUCGUUACAUCGAUCUCUUGAUUCAUCGCAACGGUUCAGAUUCGAAUGGGCAUUUAACAAACUUGUACAAGCUGAAAAGAGACUUUACACGGUCAUGGACCAAUCAUCUUACCGCGAAGGACGCUUUCGAGAUCAGCAUAGGUCUCAUCUGUAAGUUGUUUAGCGUGAUGGAGAGUCCUCUGUUCGGUAUACAAGAGAAAAAUGGAUGGAGGAACGUGCACGCGAUUGGCUGGUCCGCGACUCUGAUAUUGGAAAAUAUCGAAAAAAUCGUCGAUCAGAUCGAAACGAACAAACACGUUGCCAGGCUUCCAGAAGUUUUGCAGGAUAUGCCGCAGACCGAGAUUGUUUUGAGUGCUGUUCUUCGAAAUUUAUCUCCUUUGAUCCUCGACGUUGUCGAUAUUAUCACGAUGAAACCGAUUCAUCUUAUAUCCGUCUUAGACGAUUACAAAUCUCGGGAGGAACAAUGGCCCUGCGUACAAAGAGAGAGCGUCGGAUCCGCGAUGGAAUUGCGAAGCGGCACCCGUGAAAUAGUACGAGAGGUGGAAAGAAUCUCUUGCAAUCCAGCUUUGUUUAUUCGAGAAUGGAAGGAGCAGCCAUUGUUAAUCAGCGCGCGGAAGAUUCAGUUUCAGGACGACCUCGACGAUAAGGUUCAACUGUUGCCGCCAGUUAAUUGGACCUUGGGUUACACGAAAUUCCGUCGAGUGGUUGAGAAGUUCGACGAUCUGAUAAACGACGCAAAGAAAGUCGUUCUGGCGGAACAGCCGCACUUUUGGGAACAUUUGGAGUCUCUCGCGCCAGAAGUUGAAAGUAUUUUCGAGGAGAGGUGGCCAGACGUGCGAAACGAUGCAAGAGGGAUUCUGGACUACAUCGACUUGGAAUUGGACAAAACUGUGUCAGCAUUCCAAAAGAAUUUGUCGGCAAGUGAAAUCUGGAGUUCAAAGAUCCUCGCCAACGAUCGUAUCCUCGUUCUCUCGAAAUUCGUAUCUCACAUUAUUCACAAGUUUACAAAUGUCGCGUUUGACAUUCUACGCGAUAAAUCGAUAAACGAACAUUCGACGAAUAUCGAUUGGUUGUCCUUGUUGGGAUUCACCGGCAAAACCCCUCUGGGGAUUUAUUACAACCAAUUACCGUUCGUCCUGGCUACGUUGGCGAACGGGUUAUCGGAUCCUGAAAUAGACGAACGUAUCGUCGGCGUCGAGUCGCUCGAGAAUACCACCGUUCGCGAUCGCGCCCCCAUCACCUGUUCGCAAUUGUUCGAGUGGUGGUCCACUUCCGUCACCUGUCUCACCUCGGCCGAGUACACAAUUUUGAAGAAUUUUACCUGCGACCUUGAUCUCGCCAACUUUAACGUUUAUUCCGAUUUAUACAUGACCGAGACCGCUCUGUGGAGGGAGCCAGUGAACAAAUAUCGAUCUUACUUGAUCACGUCUAUCGGGGACGUGUACGAUCUUAUAAAAAUGCUCGAAAACGUAACGCGAAAGGAUGUAGCGAUCGACGUUCCAUUCUCAACAUCUUAUCUGCUCAAAGUUGUUGAAAAGUUGCGAAACAGUUUGAAAACAGAGUCCAUUUAUAAGGAGUUGAAAGAACCGUAUCGAUGGACGAAUUAUAGACUGUUCGUUGAGGGUGUUUCCGAAGCAUUGAUUCACGUUGCGCGUGCGUUGCAAACUGUCGAGAUACAAAAUGAUCGCAUCAAGAUCUGGGAUUUCGUCGAAAGCGAAGACGCGAGACAGUUGUUGAAAAUCCUCGACGUUCAUCCCGAAGAAACGAUCGCUUUAUGUGCCAGCCUCGCCGCAACGACCGACCAAACGGUUUUCUCUUCGUACGAAGAUGCGACAAAUAUCGUUUGCAAGUUUCGUUUCAAUUCGAGCUAUUGGUCCAGCCGUAACAGGAGUCGAUUUAUCGAUGAAAUAUGCUCUAUCGAUCCGUAUCAGUUGCUGAAAACUGUCACGAGUGAAAAGUACUACCUCGCCGUGACGGGCCGAAAAUCUACGUUAACCACGUUAACGCCUUUGAGCGCGUCUUUAGCCAAACUGACAGAGGUAGCGUCGAGUCUUUUAUCGGAGGCACCCCAUUUGACCGUCGAGUCGAAAAUUUUCGAUUCGGCUACCUGGCGCAAUCUCUCCAACGAUACGCUCUCACUGCUCGAUAAAACAGCAAAAACUUUGGUCCGAUACGAUCGAUACGCGAUCAGCGCCAAAACUAAAUUAAACGAGAUAAACUGGCCAGACAUGCUCGAUAAACUGGUAAGAAUGUUCCAACUGUUGGAUGUCACGAUCGAAAUGUUGGCCGGUGGGGACGUUUGGGAAAAGAUCAGGUUCGUCUACGAGAACUCGGAGAUGAAACCUAUCUUGACUCUGAUAGAAGACAUGCCGAAUAUCGUGGUCAGUGUAGUCGAGACAUUCGUCAAGUCGGACAGAUUGGCCGAUUUCAUAGAGAACCUUGCGAUUGGUAUAGCACACCCCUGCGACAUCGGUAAAUAUUUGAUCGUGCCCAGUUUCGUAAGAAAGAAGGUUCUUUUAACAAGUAUCGCCAAUGUCUGUCACAAUUUCGUCUUGACUGACCGGCAGCUAACGUUCGUCGAUGUACUGCCUCUCGACGGGAAAUACGAGCUAAAGAAGAGUAGAAUGUCGCGAAACGAUUCCGCAGAAAUGAACGAAACGUAUCUCGAGGAAAAGCUGGCUGACAUUCGAUCGACGAUAAUUCGAGUUGCGGCAAAUGGUUGGAAGGAUCCAAAAGUCCCUACUUGGUGGACGUCAUUCGAGGAGAGUACUCUUAAAGACUUGUUAUCGCAGUACAAGAAAGAGGACUCGAGAGAGCUCGGUCAUUUGACGGUGAAAAAGAUAUCUACGAUCUUGAAAAACAUUCUAAAUACUCGAGCGAAUUCCGAAGACUGUACGUGGUGUUUUACGCUUCUGCUCCAAGUUAUCAAUUCUCAGCUGGCUAACCAUCAACUCUACUCGAAGCUUCUCUGUCAGCUGAAUCGAUCGAACGUCUCGGAAAUUCAUGAGAUUUUUAUACGCGAUUUUCACUGGAAUGAAACUGUCGACAUGAUCCAGAAUUACAAAUCUUUGAACGUUAAACGAACCAGAGACGAAUUUUUCGCGGUUCUAGAGAAUACUUUGCACCACGUGGUCGAUAUUAUAGCGAAUUUUCGGAACGAGACUUAUAGCAACAGAAUUAGUCGAUGCUACCAUAAAUUUGUCGGGCAACCCGCCUUUUCCAGACCGGGACUGUACGUGUCCGUAGUUGUCAGCAUACUGGACUCCUUACAGAAAAACGUGUUCAUCCUGGACACUGCGAGAAAUCACAAAAACAUAGAAGCGUUAACCGUAAUGGCGGACAAGUACGUCCCGAUAUGGAAGUUGGUCCGCGACGUAGCGAAACCAUCGGAGGUCGGCAACGUCGAGAUGUUUUUGCCAGGCGCGAUGAUAAACGUGAACGCGAUAUUGAACGAGAGAAACGGUUCUCUGUGUCGGAGCAAGCCCGAGUGCCGAAAUUGGACUGUUUUGUACGAGCGUUUGAGCUCGAAGAGGGUAGGAAAAGUGUUUCGGUACGAUGCCAAGGCAUCCGGCUACCCUUCGAUGGUUCAACUCGCCGAGCGACUUUCUCGAAGCUUGGAUUUCGAUCGUAUAGAUCGCGAGUUGAGGAGCUGGAGGAUGGAUUCUGGCUGGAACUUGACCUGGUUGACGGAGAUUCUGAAGCACUUGUCCGUCGUUAUCGAGGAGAGCGGCGAUUUGCUCGACGUGGUCAGUAAAAUAGACUUUCUGGACGUCUCGGACGUCCUCGGUGUACCUGAUAUCGUCGACGGAGUGGUUAAUAUCUUGAAGGAUAAGGUUGUGGACAAGCUUUUCGACGGAAUGAAAGAAAUCGUGGAGGAUGCGAAACCGUUCAUCACCGAUAAAAAAGUGUUGGACGAUAUCUAUAGCGUAAUAGUGGCGCUAGAGUCGAUGGAAAUCUUCAAAAAUUUAGGUCUCCUCGACAUUAAAUACGUUAUCAGGGACAUGUUUGACAACUGGGACGCUGUAAGCUCGUAUUUGGUGGAUAAGAUCGGAAUCGGCAACGAUGUCGCGUUCACGUUGAGCCAGGCCAAGAUUGACAUGAUUUCUGUGUUCUCGAAAGAAAGAAAUGCUCUCAGCUUGAAGGAUAUCAUUUGCUCCCCAAAGAAACUCGACGAUAUGUUGAGUUUCAGUGGCGAUCAGAUCACCGCUGAACAAGUCAGCUCCGCUCUUUGUCAGCUGGAUGAUUCGCAAACGCAAAACGUGACGAUAACGUUGAUCAAACACUUAAAUUUUGAUUAUAUUUUUAAAACUCUUAUGAGCGCAAACGUAAAGAACAUAUUGGCCAAUGCGAAUCUAACGGAAGCAGAAGGAAAAAUGGUGUUGGAUAAUGUUGGAGUGGCCGCGGAGUUGAUACCGUUCUUCAAGGACCGACUCGUUUCGAAAAUGCCAUCGGCACCGGCGCAGGAUUUCGAUACGGAUAAGCAGCCUGAACAGGCGGACCAAACAGUCUCCGCUUCCAAGUUCCUUCAGGAUUCCAGCGAAAUGCUGUGCGGUCAACCGAUGAUUUCCGAUAACGGUGACAUGUACAAAAUUAUUUCCAAACUCGAGGACAAUAGCAAAGAGUUCGACCAGGCGGAGCUCGACUCUUUACCCUCUGAUUUUUGUAGAAAUGCUUACAAAGGCAUAGUCUCUACGGGAGGUGGAAAAAUUAUUUGGUCCUACGUGAAACCCUUGCUGCGCGGAAAAAUUCUUUACACACCGAACACUACAGUGAUUAACAAUGUGAUGGCUCUAGCGAACGGAACGUUCGUGGAAAUGGACAGUUUCGGGACAUUGAUGGACAGUUUUGAGAAAACUCUUACCUCGUUGGUAAAUCUUUCCGAAAUGACCGACAGUUUGAAAGAUUUGCAAGAGAUUAUGUCCUCGGACGUAAUGAAAAUUGCGAUCAAGUCUUUCGGAAGUGGUAGUUUCGAAGUUGGAGAUUUCUCGGAUAUGAAUCUCAGCGAGAUUUCGUGGCGACUUAGAAAAUCGAAACGUUUGAUCGCGAUGAUCGGUAUGUUAAACGAUUUAUUAGAGUGCGUACUCGUGGAUCGGAUGAAAGGAUUUCGGAGCGAAGAGGAAAUGGAGGCGGAGGCACGAGUUCUGAUAAAGACGCGGGAAUUUUUAGCCGGUGUCGCGUUCUUGGACCAAGACUCCAAGAGAUCCGCAAGAUCGUUGGAAUACCAACUGCCACGAAACGUAGUGUACAAAAUUCGAAUGGACAUCGACUACGUGCAGUCCACGAAAAGAUUAAAGAAUCAAUUCUGGAUACCAGGACCGGAAAGCAGUUUCAUCGAACACCUCAGGUAUCUUCGAGGAUUCGUGCAACUUCAGGACUCGGUCGAUCGGGCGAUCAUAAAAACUAAGAGUCAAAGGGAUCGCGAGUGGAAAACGGUGACGCAACAGAUGCCGUAUCCCUGUUGGAAGGAUAUACCCUUUCAAACCACCCUCUACGAGUCUCAGGGUGUUCAAGUUUGCUUCUUCUUCGCGUUGAUGAUGUGCGUCGGAGCUGCCGUCAGACAUAUCGUUUGGGAGAGAGAAUCGCAGAACGCAAUGGUAAUGAGCGUAAUGGGAUUGAAACCUUGGAGGAAUACCAUGGCUUGGCUAAUCACCACGUUUGCAGAACUUUUGAUCGUAAUGUUCUGCAUCGGCAUUGUUCUUCUGGGUGGAAAGAUAUUACCAAAAUCCGAUCCUUCUAUCAUUUUAAUCAUGAUGAUUGAUUACUCUUUCUCGAUCGUUACAUUCUGUUACAUGAUCUCGACGGUGUGCAGCUCGGCAAGCUUGGCUGCGAUUACCACCGUGAUAACGUUUUUACUGACAUUCAUGCCGUACGUCAUUGUCAUUGCUAUGGAAGCCGUUAUAGGUGUCGGAUAUAAGCUUCUUAUCUGUCUCAGUAUGUCGACGAGUUUCUGUUACGGUUGCUUGUACGCAACCCGGAAAGAAGUUCAAGGUGUUGGUUUAACUUGGGCUGCCAUGUGGGAAGAAUCCAGUCCUGGUGAUUCGAUGUCGUUAGGCCUGACGCUUUUAAUGAUCGCCUUUGACGGUUGUCUAUACGCCGCAAUUGGUUAUCUCGUCGUCAGAUAUACAAAUUCAGGCAAAGGCUUUCACGACUUGAGGACCCGUAGCUUAUGGUGGACCGACACACGUUCUCUAUAUGGCAGGCCGAGCUAUCUCGCGUUCGUCAACAACCUUUAUUUCACUAACGACGUUCUCCACCCUUCAGCCACUUACCAAGACGAAACGAGCGACGACAGCAGUCUGGUAGUCAACGAGAAACAAACGGGUGUCAGAUUCGUAGGUGUCAGGAAGGUUUACCAUAACGAUCGGGGUGAAGUGGUAGCCGUUGAUGAUUUUAAUUUGAAACUGUGCGAAGGGCAAGUGACCAGUCUUGUUGGGAGAAACGGGGCCGGGAAGACGACCAUCAUCAAGAUGCUGACGGGGAUGCUGGCUCCGACCACCGGUGAGAUUUGUUUGAUCGGCGAAGAGGACUGCAAACCUGACAUAGGGGUCUGCCCUCAGGAUAACGUACUGAUCGGUACUUUGACGCCUAGGGAACACAUGAUCUUUUACGCGAAACUGAAACGACCGAAAAACGAGCUCGAUGUGCAACGAAGCGUGGACGAGAUGUUAACGUCUCUGGAGCUGGGUAAACAGGAACACGAACCAGUGGACCGUUUGUCGGGCGGCACCAAGAGAAGACUCUGCGUGGCCUUAGCGUUUCUAGGCUCUCCAAAGUUAGUAAUCCUGGACGAGCCAGGCGCGGGAGUGGAUCCUGCCGCGAGACGUAAAAUUUGGCGACUGAUUGAUCAGCACAGGAUCGGCAGAACAAUUAUUCUUUCGACCCAUCACUUGGACGAGGCCGACAUGUUGAGCGACACGGUAGUCGUGAUGCACAAGGGAAAAAUACUUUGCACGGGAUCACCGUUGUCCUUGAAAAUGAUGCACGGUCGCGGAUACAGACUUUUCGUCUCGUUUCCUGGCGAACGUGACGCGACCGCUUGCGCUCGUGCCGAUUCGAUCGGAACUAAGAAAUUGGACACUCUAAAGACUGUGAUCGAAGAGGUGGUGCCCAACGCGUGGAUCAAUGAAAUCUCUGGUACCGAGAUCAUGGUCACCUUACCGUUUCAAGGAAAUAACGGUACGAACAACAACAUCGCGCAAGCUGCGAAGGCUUUGGAAGAGAGUCGUAACAUCUUGGGCUAUUCUCACUUUUCUCUGGAAUGCGACAGCCUGGAGAGAGUCUUUCUAGACGUUUGUUCCCGUGCCGAGAGUGGAUCGUUUGUUAUCGGACCUAGCCAGGACAGUGUCGGUACCGGAGGGCAUUUGGGUUUAUCGAUGCCCGAUUACGUCGGCGUCGAUUUGAUCGACGUUGAACUCACUUUGAAUCCCUCUCCCGUUAAGCAAAUCAAGGCUUUGUUCAAGAAAAGAGUAUGGCACUUUAGGAAAGAUUGGAUGACGUUUUUCGCCAGUCUCUUGUUGCCAACGGUGUUUGUCGCAGUCGCUAUGGGAUUCUCAUUGAUAAGGCCACCAUCCGGAGACGAACCAUCACUGACUCUCACUCCUAAACUAUACGAUAAUCAGCCCACGUAUUUCUAUAGCAUCGAGAAUGCCAACGACGACGGAUUCUUGCAAAACGUGUCCUUUCAGCUUCACGAUCGAUUCGGGGAUGAUUAUACUGGAGCAUGGCAAACGUUAGCCAACGAUACCGGAAGCUGCGAUUGUUUGGAUGGCCAGCAGACCUGUCACGGAGUGUCUCAGCCCGUCCAAGGUCUCCUGCAAGUUUUGCCUGGCAAAUCUGCUCUCGAUUGGAUAGUAUCGACCCAUCAAGAAUACAUAGAAAAGAGGUACGGCGGAUGGUCGCUCUCUCAUGCAAACGACGAACCAUUAUUCGUCGUCUGGUACAACAACAAGGGUCACCACGCGUUGCCGUCUUACUUGAAUGCUCUAAACGAAGCGAUUCUCCGAGCAUCUGGCGUUCCGGGCCAUUUAACAACUUUGAAUCAUCCAUUGAAGUUGUCCAGCGAUCAAUUGAAUCGAACAACCCUAUUACAGCACGUGGCAGACGUCGGCGUGGCUCUGGUCCUGUUGAUCGCGUUCAAUUUGGUCGCUGCUCAGGGAUCGAAGGAAUUGGUACGGGAAAGGUUGUCGGAGGAGAGAAGAAUCCUCUUCUUGGCAGGAGUCUAUCCCAUCACCUACUGGACGACUGCGUUGAUUUGGGACUUAUUCAUGUUUGGCCUCUCUAUCGGCUUGGCUGUGAUAGUUUUCGAGAUUUUCGGGCUUCCCGCGUACGUCGCCAGAGACAACUUAGCUGGUAUCUGCUUGUUACUUUUUCUGUUCGCAUGGGCAGCGUUGCCCUUCUCCCACUUGAUGGAAAAGGUUUUCGACGACUCGAGCCUACCCAAUAUGGUCCUCUUUUGCGUCAACACGUUUAUCGGCGUGGCUUCGUUGGCAACCAUUUUGGUACUCGACAUUCUUGGAAAAUCAAAGACGGCGGAAGACGCGAGAAACCUUUUGCACCACAUUUUACUGAUAUUCCCUCAGUACGCUUUGGGCGAUUCUCUGGUGCAAAUAUCGCGGAACGACAUCACGGCCCAACUGUUGGAACAGUUCCAUAUGGAUACUUAUCGGUCGCCAUUGGGCUGGGACCUAUUGGGUCUACAUUACGUUUAUCUAGCCAUCGUAGGCACGGUUCUCUUCUCCUUGAACCUGAUGAUCGAGUGUCGAGUUGUUCCCAACUGGAACAGACAGAGGUGCCCGUACGAAACGGUCGAGGAAGACGACGAUGUCUCGAAGGAGAGGAUGAGAGUGGAGAGCGGCAGAUCCGACGAUAUUUUGCAAACGGUGAAUCUUCGUAAGGAGUACAGAAGCGUUUACGGGACGAACGUGGCAGUUGAAAAUCUAAGCAUAGGUGUGCAAGCCGGCAAGUGUUUCGGGCUUCUAGGGACGAACGGCGCCGGGAAGAGUACCACAUUCCGAAUGUUGACCACGGAGAUCAUACCCACGGCUGGCAGGAUUCUUUUGAGAGGCGAACGGAUCGGAUCUGGACCGCUCUGUAACGGCCAAGUGGGUUAUUGUCCUCAGAGCGACAGUCUCGAUGGUUUUCUCACUCCGCAUCAGUGUCUGACUAUUCAUGGGGAAGUUUGCGGGCUGAGCAACGUUCCCAAGGCAGUCGAAUCCAUGUUGAAAAAGCUCGAUCUUCUGAAAUACGCUCAUAAACGGGUGAGCAGUCUCAGCGGGGGUAAUAAAAGGAAACUGUGCGCAGCUUUGAGCGUAAUGGCGCCGGUGUCCGUGCUUCUUAUGGACGAACCGACCAGCGGUAUGGAUCCCGCCACGAAGGAUUUGGUAGCCAAGACGAUAAGGAGCAUGACGAAGAACCAGAGUUGCGUGAUUCUGACUUCGCACAGCAUGGCAGAAUGUGAAAAUUUGUGCAACAGGGUCGGUAUUCUUGCCAAAGCUGGACUCAGGUGUAUAGGAUCGCCCCAGCACUUGAAGCACAAAUUCGGUGAAGGCUACGUAGCGUUUCUACGAUUUCGAGAGCCAAUUUCAUUCGCGAUUCUGAAGAAAGCUUUGGCAAAGUACUUUCCUCUAGCCGUAGUCUCUUCUAGACAGGCUACGGCGGUACGUCUGUUGCUGCCGCGAACCCAACACAUGGCGCUAAGCACCAGUUUCGAUAAAAUCAAGUUGUUGGCUGACGAACUCAAAGCCACGGACUACACGUUGACUCAAAGUUCGCUGGAUCAGGUUCUCGUCAAUUUCUCAGAGGAGAUGGACAACGAGGUCGAUGGCUCGAUUUAUACCCGCGGUAGCAGCAACAGCAGCAGCAGCAACAACGUUUCGAAUAUGUACUCCAGCCAAGACACGAUACGCAUGGAAACUUUUUGAUUUGAAUAAUAACACACGUGUUAUUAUUAACAGUUAAUUUGA